AUGGAGGCAACGCAGAGCGGCGACAGCUCCAGCAACAAGAAGGCCACUGCCGCGACGUCAGCCUCCGACUUGAAGACCGUCUGCAGAGUGACUGCUAUCCAGUCGGCAGGACCAAGCCAACCAGCGGACAACACCGUCGACACGGUCACGGGCAAGCACUGCGCCGACUUGGCUCAGCGGUCCAACCGCCUUGCCUUGCUCAAGAGGGCGAGUCUGUCCGAUAUCUGUCAAGCCGAUGCCUGGGCCAAGCCCGCGGUGGCGGGCGUGACGAGCGACUUGGUAGCAUUUGUUGCAAUUUGGGCGUUUGCAGCCCCCCUUCCAGAAGCCGCCGCAGCGGUGGAUCCGCCCAAGAAGAAGCGAGGCUGCAAGGUGAAGCCCAAGAACGCGCCCGAAUACAUGGUGCGAAAGCUGCAGCCACCGCCUGCGUUCAACAAAAGCGUGAGCUCCGUCGCGAAGCGCGUGUGCCAAGCGGGCGCCGGAAACACCUUCUGCAACAAGUGGCCGCAGACCCGGGCGCUCUCCGCCGUAAAGGCGCAGACACAUCAAGGAGGCCGAUACAUGUUGAACACAGUUCCAUCCCACCACGCAGGUCCUUACUCUGCGGGAAGAAGUCCGCGCGCCAUCAUCACCAACACUCGAAGCGCCCAAGGUUCCAGGGGCGGACUGAGCCGGAUGGCGGGCGACAAGAGCUGCCGCCACGUGGGGCAGGCCGUGCGCGCGCCCGAAUUCCGCCGCGAGCUCAAGAAGCGCGCGCAGCUGCUGUGCGAGGGCUGCGCGGCGCCGUCGCGCGCGUCUCUGGCCGCGUCCCGCCGCAGCAGCAGUCAGUCCCUGUCCUCCUCCACGUCCUCCGCCGCCUCCGCGGAGGACCCGCAGGCCGCCGCGCUGCGCAGCUGGGACGAGUACGCGGAGGCCACGGACCUGCUCGUGUGCGUGAGCUGCGGCUUCGUGGGCUGCUUCAGCGACGGCCACUUCAGCCUGCACCUGCAGUCGCACCCCAAGCACUUCGUGGGGCUGCAGCUGGCCGCGCGCACGUUCUGGUGCGAGCCGUGCAACCUGGAGAUCCCCGAGGACGCGCGCGCCAAGGUGGAGAGCGCGCGCCAGGAGUUCUGCGCCGCGCUGGACGAGAUCGCGGCCAAGAAGCGCCGCCAGCUGCGCAACCAGAUGCGCGCCGCCGUGUCGCCCAUCGCCACGCCCAACGGCUCGGCGCACAACCUGCUGGAGCUCGAGGCGCACGCGGACACGCCGCCGGUGCCGCGCGGCGCGCUGGCGCUCGAGACGAAGCCCCGGGAGGACGUAGAAGACCAGAGCAGCAGCAACGGCGCCGCGCUGCUCAACAUGCCGCUGCGCACCAAGGCCAGGGACGACAAGGCGCGCCGCAGGAUGCUCAAGACGGCCAUGCACAAGCGCGAGCCCGUGCAGACGAUCAGCAUUCCCCAGUCGAGUGGGGCGGAGGACGCAGCGGCGAAUGGGGAGCGCGAGCUGCCCAAUACGGUGUUGGGCUUCACGAACUUGGGCAACACGUGCUACUUCAACGCGUCCAUGCAGGCGCUGCUCACGGCGACGCACUACUUCCCAGAGCACACGCACAUUGAGGAGGUGCUCGAGAUGAACAACGCGCCUAUCACGACUACGUUCACGAUGCUGCACGAGACGGUGAAGAAGCGCGCGCGGAAGGCUCUGGCGGGCGAGUCUCCGUCGGACAAGCGCGGUAAAAGCUCCAGGAGCAGUCGCUCGCGGUCUAGCUCCUCGUCGGUACUAACCGUGGCGCCGCUGCUCAAGGAAAUGCGCUCCAAAUUCUCGCAGUUCCGUGGCAGCUACCAGCAGGACGCGCACGAACUGUUCACGAGCUUCCUUUGGGCUGUGGACGAGGAGAUGGACCCUCCACUGCCUCCUUCCGACGAGCCUGCUGAUGAAGGCACGAAGGAUAGCGUUACGAACAGCAGUGUUAGCACGGUGACGUCUUCGGAGCUACCAGACGACGACGGGGAUGACUCUUCUCGUCGGAAUGGAACGUGGCCCGAAGAGGACGUCACGGACAAUGAAAUGACAGAGGAGGGCGAGCAAGAAACAGAGGAGGAAGGCAGCGAAAGCGACGCCGACAACUCGGAGCAGGAGGAGACGAAGCAGAUCUUUGUCAAGACGGAGACAGGAGAGACGAUCUCCAUGCAGGUGCCCAAGAGCGCAACGGUUAAAGAGGUGCAGCACUUGCUGGCCAAGAGGCUAAACCUAAACGAGGAGGACAUGAUGCUGGACGCGUCGAAGGUCGAGACGACGCGCGCAACAUUGUCGUCGCGGCCGUCCGCUGUGCUCCACGCCCGAGCGGAGAAGCGAAAAAUGUAUUCGAGGCUCAAUUUUACGCGCAACUUGUUCGGAGGUGCACUGACGACUGCGGUGACGUGCAAAGCGUGCGGUAACCGGACGGAGAUUGUCGAGGACGCCUUCCACCUGAGCGUGUCCGUGCCCGAUGGACGCCACCACGAGCUGGCGACGACGGACUGCCUCGACAACUUUGUGACCGAGACUCAACUGCUCGUGGAGGCCAACAACGGCUACGACUGUGAGAAGUGCUCGCGACAGACCAAGGUGCGCAGCGCUGCCGGUCGGUUCAUCCGAAAGAAGCGGCUCGGGUCGAACGCUGAACCAGAGAUGGAAGUCGUCUUGCGAGACGCCUCUAUGCAGAUGUUCGUAUCGGCUUUGCCUCGAGUCCUCGUGGUGCACAUCAAGCGUCUGGCGCGCUCUCGGAAGAUCACGCAGCACAUUUCCUUCGACGAGAAGCUAGAUAUAACGCCGUACGUGAGCGACACGCUGCGUCAGGGAGGUGGCGACGCAAAGAAUCACUCGUUGUGCUACGAACUCAUUGCGGUUGUGGUGCACAUGGGCAACAAACGGUCGGGUCACUACGUGGCGUAUGUGAGUCGCUCGCGUCGGCGUGAAGCCCUGCUGCUUCGGUCACGCAGUCGCCUCACGUCAGAGGAUGGUGCAACUGCAGCGCCCGAGGUUCUGACGCCGAAAAAUAGCGAUGGAUCCACGCGAACAUGGUACUAUGUCUCGGACACCGUCGUCAAGCGCGUGCCGUUCGAGCAAGUGCUAAACACCGAGGCUCAAGAUGUUGGCGCUGAUGGCACUUCACUGAGCGAGGACAACGAAGAGGAAAACAAAUGGCGUCAGGAGCUGAACGACUUCCGUGCUGCGAUGGGGGAAGCCGAGGAGACCUGCGUGUUUCUGGUGGAGGACCUACUGGCCGCGAUUUUCCAGGAGAUGCAAGUGCGCUCGGAGAAUGCGUCCCUCUUCGCGACGUCAGCGCGGCGCAUGUGCGCACAAGCGUUCGAGAGCGUGGAUAUGAGCGCAUUCGAGCCGUCGGACUCGCUCGAUCGAAUACCUGGGCCCACGCAGCACGAACCAAGCGGGAGACAGCAGAUACUCAAGCCACACAGUAAAUGGGCGCCAAGUCCUCGGUCUCGAAGAAAUCUCAGCCCGGAAGCUUCAGCAUUGGAGUCAUCGCUGCCCGCACCUCCUCCGCCGCUGUUGUUCCUGCGACGCUUAUCCAACUUUCUCGAGAACCGUGCGGAUCGCGCUGGCCUGGAGCUGCAGCGCUUCAACUUGUCGGAGGCGAUCUUGUCGUUGACUGGCAAACGCAAACUUUUGGGCGUUGGGAAUGCUGACGGGGUGGAUUAUGGUGAAUGGUGCAUCUCCGUCGACCACGUCUCUGCGUUCCUGCAAAUACUACUGGCUAAAGGGCUCGUGAGCGCGGUGCCCAGUACAAUUCAAUUCGUGAUGGGCGCCAACCGAGAGGCUUUGGAGAAAAAGAUGCACUCUCAAACUCGCGUGGCACUGCCACAUAUCCAGCAAUUCGUGCAGAAGGCGUUGCUAACUGCAGAAGAAGAGGAGGAGAGCAGCCGUGAGCAGCGCAGUCAGCCUCCUCUGUUCCCCGCCAGUAAGCCGAAAGCCAAGGUCGAUAGUGAAUCUACGCCGCGAUCUCGUAUCUUCCAGACCGAAGUCCCUUUCAUCAAGGUUAACUUCUCCGCGUUGUUGAAGCGCACAAUGGCGAUACCUGAGCAACCUGAAGUGGGGCCUGAGCAGGAGUUAUUGAGUAGCUACAUGGAGGAAGUUGCGCCUCGGGCCAUUGAAAUGGACCGUCGUGCUCCUGGCCAAGUGGCCACGAAAGCAGCGCUGAGCGCUGCAAACCCGUCGCAGCGAGCCAUUUCGCGCAAAGUGCUGUUGAUGAUGGCGCCAUCUCCUCGACAGGGAAGUCGGUGGAAGACAGUGCGUCACAAACUCAUCGUCCCUCCUGCCGAUGAAGCUGGAGCCGAUGGAGUCAUGACCAUAACCGCUGAGGCUGACAUGGAGCUCCAUCUUGCGGGCGACAAACCCCCUGUGCCAGCACCGCCUACACAUGGCACCUCGGCUGAGAGAAAAGCCCCUGGACUAGCAGUGCAGACCACAGAGAGCGAGGAAAUGCCCGAUGCGGCAGCGCUUUCCAACAUUUUCUCGCUUGGAACACCCAGACAGCUUUCGGCUCUGGAAUUGGCCCGACGGAACGACUUGCUAGCCCAACUAGAACGGGAAGCAGCGCGCGCUCAGCGUCGAGCAUCGACAACUCUCAUCGCCUCGAUGAGUCUGGGUGGGCCCUCCGUCGGGCGUGACAGUGAUGAGGCCAUGCGUCCCUCGCAGGCGGAUCACCAGCACUUCCAAGCCUACGUAGCCGCCAACUCUGUAGUUACGAUGGGGGUCACAUCCGACGGACAUUCGGGCGCUCUGUCUCCCACACGACCACAGCAGAACGACCAAGCGGGUGCAGCACAACAUCGAGGACGGGCGAAUUUUGUACGCAGCAAGUUCGAGCUGGAGCGCGACACUCUGCCGUUUACAGUCUCUGACGGCAACGCUCACGCGCGGGAGGAGCAGGAGCGACUUUCAGCGGCGAUGUGCUCUCCCAUCAAGCGACCCAGAGCGUCUGUCGUAGUCCCAACACCCCCACCCGAGACGCCCGGACGCCCCAUCCAGACAGCCUCCACUCUUGCUCACUUACCUCAACUAGACUCGUCACGGCUGGCGGUGGGCGUGAGCGCCGUUGUGAGGGGCGUUGAAAAGCGUGGACCUCGAAGGAAUCCAAGCCGCAAGUCGCGCCUCCAGCUCCACAACUACAGCACAGCUUUCGAUGGUGUGGAUGACCAGGACGAGACUGAGGCAAGUCCUCACCGGAAACACGUCGCUUUCAAGUUCCAGAACAGCGCCGACAAUGAGAAGCGCGCCUCUGAAGCAACGCCACCCAAGGCCCAAGCGCAACGGAAGCGUUCGCCGCCGAAGACGAAGCAAGCAGUGUGGGAGGCCAAGACCCGGUCGCCACCCCGGUCCCGGAAUCCCUACUUCGCCUCAGGCCGCAACUUCCGCAAGAUUCAGCGGUGCGUGUACGAAGAAGACGAGGAGGAAACGUCCAGUGCCAGGCGUCUAAAGCAGGAAGAGCAAGCGGCCAACUUGUUUCGACAGCCGAUGGCAGCUCCUCGACGAAACGUGUUGCCCACGACGUCCGAGCUUGACGAGUGA